AUGGCCCCGUCUUCGCUUGAUGUUGUGUUGAAAGGCAGCUCCGGCCGGAACAUGCGCGGUCUAUUGCGGGUUAUCAUUCUCUGUACCAUUGCCGCCGCCGCAGUGUCCAGCCGCCUGUUCAGUGUUAUUAGAUUUGAAAGUAUCAUCCACGAAUUCGAUCCGUGGUUUAACUUCCGUGCGACAAAAUACUUGGUCGAAAAUGGCUUUUAUAGCUUCUGGGAUUGGUUUGAUGACCGAACAUGGCACCCCCUGGGUCGUGUGACUGGUGGUACACUAUACCCUGGCCUGAUGGUGACCAGCGGUGUGAUCUACCACAUCCUUCGACUCCUUACCAUCCCCGUCGACAUUCGAAACAUCUGUGUCUUGCUUGCCCCCGGAUUCUCUGGACUAACAGCCCUGGCGAUGUAUCUGCUGACCUCUGAAAUGUCCGACUCUCCCUCCGCAGGCCUCCUGGCCGCUGCUUUUAUGGGAAUUACACCUGGUUACAUCUCUCGGUCAGUGGCAGGCAGCUACGAUAAUGAAGCCAUUGCGAUCUUUUUGUUGGUGUUCACAUUCUACCUUUGGAUCAAGGCCGUGAAGAACGGCUCGAUCAUGUGGGGAGCCUUGACUGCAUUGUUCUAUGGGUACAUGGUUUCUGCUUGGGGUGGAUACGUCUUCAUUACCAACCUGAUCCCUCUCCAUGUCUUCGUUCUUCUGUGCAUGGGCCGAUACAGCACCCGUGUCUAUAUCAGCUACACCACCUGGUAUGCCCUAGGAACACUGGGAAGCAUGCAGAUCCCUUUCGUCGGUUUCCUGCCUAUUCGCAACAGUGACCACAUGUCUGCACUUGGUGUCUUUGGAUUGAUCCAAUUGGUCGCGUUUGCCGAGUUCAUCCGGGCCUACCUGCCCGGCAAGCAGUUCCAGAAGCUCCUCACUUCUAUGGUCUUGCUUACGUUCGGCCUUGGAUUUGGUGGUCUUGUCCUGCUGUCAGUCUCUGGGGUCAUUGCUCCCUGGAGUGGUCGCUUCUACUCUCUGUGGGAUACCGGAUACGCCAAGAUUCAUAUCCCAAUUAUUGCCUCUGUCUCUGAGCACCAGCCCACCGCCUGGCCUGCCUUCUUCUUUGACCUGAACUUCCUUAUCUGGCUGUUCCCGGCCGGGGUGUUCAUGUGCUUCCAGAAGCUCAAGGAUGAGCAUGUCUUUGUGGUCAUCUACUCCGUCCUUGCUAGCUACUUUGCCGGCGUUAUGGUCCGUCUGAUGCUAACCUUGACCCCCAUUGUGUGUGUCGCGGCUGCUCUGGCCCUGUCGUGCAUCCUCGAUAACUUCCUGGUUGCGUCGACACCGAGCACUGAAACCAAGGCUAAGCCAACUACGGAAGAUAAGUCACUCCGAUCAGCCCGAAACCCCGUUGUCGGUAUCUACUCCUGGUUUUCCAAGUCUGUCGUGGUAGCCUCAGUCACUCUUUACCUCCUUAUGUUUGUUGCACACUGUACCUGGGUUACAUCCAAUGCAUACUCCUCUCCCUCUGUGGUUUUGGCUAGCAAGCUUCCUGAUGGAAGCCAGUUGAUCAUCGAUGAUUACCGUGAGGCCUACUAUUGGCUCCGUCAGAACACCCCGGACAAUGCCAAGAUCAUGUCGUGGUGGGAUUAUGGGUACCAAAUUGGUGGUAUGGCUGACCGCCCUACUCUGGUCGACAACAACACCUGGAACAACACCCAUAUUGCCACUGUUGGUAAGGCGAUGAGCUCGCGCGAGGAAGUCAGCUACCCCAUUCUGCGACAGCACGAUGUCGAUUACGUCCUGGUUGUGUUUGGUGGACUACUCGGCUACUCGGGUGAUGAUUUGAACAAGUUCCUCUGGAUGGUUCGUAUUGCCGAGGGUAUCUGGCCAGACGAGGUGAAGGAGCGCGACUACUUCACCGCUCGCGGCGAGUACCGUGUCGACGAAGAGGCCACUCCCGCCAUGAAGAACAGCUUGAUGUACAAAAUGUCUUAUCACAACUACCAGUCGCUGUUCCCGGCCGGUCAGGCCAUGGACCGUGUGCGUGGCACAAGACUUCCCAAGGAAAGCCCCCAGCUCAACACACUGGAAGAGGCUUUCACCAGCGAGAACUGGAUCGUUCGUCUCUACAAGGUCAAAGACUUGGAUAACCUCGGUCGUGAUCACAGCAACGCAGUUGCCUUUGACAAGGGCCUCAAGCGCAAGCGUGCCACGAAGCGCAAGGGUCCUCGUGUUCUGCGAACCGAGUAG